AAAAGUCAACUUACAUAUCCCUAAUUUUUGUCUUGUCUUUCCGUGGUGUUUUACGUGGAUAUUUCUGUCGUUUUCUUUUUUAAGUUUUAUUAGAAAAGUAAUAGUUUUGACUUUUUCCCGAAAUUUUAUGAAAUAUAAAGUGACAAGGGUUAAAGUACAAACAUUAAUAAUUCCAUUCAACCAAAUACACGGAAUACACACUCCAUAUUGACAUACAAGCGAAAGUUCCGCAAUUGGAUAGACUGACCAGUUAAAAAUCCAGGAUUGUUGAUCGGUAUUAAUAGCUAGAGGAAGAUAACACAACUAUGAACAUCCCAAACGAAUAUAUUGCAAAAACAGAGGAUGUGGCGGAUCAGGUCAUUCGACGCGGUAAAAACAUCCUGCCCACAGUAGCCCGUCUAUGUUUGAUAGCUACAUUUUUCGAAGAUGGUCUUCGUAUGUACUUCCAAUGGAAUGAACAACGCGAAUACAUGGACAUGAGUUGGGGUUGUGGCAAAUUUUUGGCUACUGUAUUUGUAUUAGUUAACUUAAUUGGACAACUGGGAGGCUGUGUUAUGGUCAUUGCUAGAUUUAAGGUUGACAUUGCUGUUGGUAUUCUGUUCUUCAUCGUAGUUCUGCAGACAAUUGCCUACUCCAUUCUUUGGGAUAUUCAAUUCUUGCUGCGCAAUUUAGCUUUAAUUGGUGCACUUCUCUUGGUUUUGGCAGAGUCGCGCGUCGAAGGACGAAGCCUUUUCGCCGGUGUGCCCACAUUGGGUGACAAUAAACCUAAAAAUGUUAUGCAACUCGCUGGACGUAUCUUGCUUGCAUUUAUGUUUAUUACACUGAUUCGUUUUGAGCUAAGCUUUUUGCAAAUUCUUCAAGACAUUGUGGGCUCAAUCUUGAUGGUUUUGGUAACAAUUGGUUACAAAACAAAAUUGUCCGCCCUGAUUUUGGUUGCCCUCUUGACUAUCUUAAAUUUGUACCAUAACGCGUGGUGGACCAUUCCUUCAUACAAGCCUCUCAGAGAUUUUCUUAAAUAUGACUUCUUCCAGACCCUAUCGGUUAUUGGUGGUUUAUUGAUGAUUGUAUCAUUGGGCCCCGGUGGUGUAUCUAUGGACGAACACAAAAAGAAAUGGUAGACGACAAAGUGAAAGAUGUUCAAUGAAAGCCUCAACCACCAUGUGCAUCAUCCAUAAAAUUCUUCUUUAUUUUGUACCAUUUAUUAAUAUACUUUUAAUUGGUUUGUGAACUUUAUAUUUAUAAAGAAGAUACGAAGAGGAAGACAAAACUUAUAAACACGACGAAAAAAUUCACUCAGUUUUUAUAUUUUUUAAAUAAUUUAAUUGUAUUCUGUUGUGUUUGUAUUUGUUUUAAAAUUUGACCUAAAACUGUUAAGCGAAAAAAUAAAAUCUACAAAUUAUUUAAUUUUUUU